ACUCUUCACUGCAGAGGUCAAAGGGCUCCGCUUUCUUUCGCUCAAUAGUGGUAUCCCAUCGUUUCAAUCCCGUUCCACCAAUGAAAGUUUACUUGAUGGGUUUCUCGUGAAGUACCAAACACUGUGUCCCAUUGCCGAAAUCGUUACAGGCUUGAGACUCUGUCACAAGAUGCGUGUGUCUCACAUUCAGAUGAACACAACUAUUUGGUCGAGAAUCCGCCGUGAUCUGGGAGGUUCUAACAGUUCACCAUCCCAUGGACUCCUUAACGUUCCUUGCCUCGUAAACUUUACAUAUGAACUACCUGGAACCCUCGGAUACUCUGAUAAGAUGGCUACUUCGACUCCUCUGUGACGUGAACCGCUGCCGAGGCUCCACUUGUCACCCCAAGAAGGAAUCGGCUUCUCCUGAAUCCGUUUUUCUACCCGAGCUUCAGAGGUGUUGUUCCUCUGCUUUUUUCCCGGUCCACAAAAACGCCGGCAGCGUUUGGCUCUCCCCUUUUUGCGGAGACGGCGUCGCCCGGAGGAUCACUUUUGUUGGGGCUUCGGUGUUUUCUCGCCGAGGCUGUGCAUCGGUAAAUCCGUUACGCCCUUCUUUCUUUACCGUUUUGUCUCUUGUGACGCUCACAGAAGAGACAAGAGUGGAAAAAUGCAGCAGCUGUGCACUUGCAGGGCACCUGCUUGGAGCUCGGCGUUUGCUCUCUGUCGACUGUUUGCGUCCUACAGUGUAGGCUGAAGUCAAAAAGUGUGUUGAUCGUCCUUUUCUUUCAUACUAGACCCUGCAUGUAUGGCUUGCACACCGCGUUCUUUGUUUCGCACAGAGAGAGCGCCUGGCAGGCUGGCGCACAGAACCUUUCUUUCUGGGACCACAAUCCCGUGCCAUCGUUUUCGUCUCGGC